AUGCGACGACGCCCUGCCUCUGCGGUUGAGAGGAGGAUGGACGUGGAGGGACACGCGAGGCAGUCAGAGGGCGCGAGGAGAAGGCCGGCAUCGGCAGUGCCAGCAGCUAAGAGCGAGGCUCCUCCUCCUCGAGGGUCAGCGAGACAGCGAGCGACACGUCCAGCGUCAGCCACCUUCUCGACCAGGACCCCUGACUUCAUGGACCCUCCCUCCUCCCUCCCCCUUCGCCCAGCCUCCGCCUUUCGAUUCUCGUCGAGGGAGGAGGCGCGAGGGGGGAGGAGGAGGCCGUCCUCUAGCCUGACGAGCUAUCGCAAGGACCCAGCAUGGGAGGCGAUGGAGGCGAAAGAGGGCGGGCAGAGCUUCGCCUACACUCCCUUCUUCGACACGGUCGAUGCGGAGGUCAAGAGCAAGAUCGCUGACGGCAGCAACGCCCUCAGGCUCAAGAUUCAGAGCGCCAUGGCCAACCUUUACAUGAGCAGAGACGAGCCGGAGGCGAGCACCGACGACCUCGUGUACCAGGACCUGACCAAGGAGAUGACGCGGGACCUGCUGAUAGCUCAGCUAGAGGACGAGAUCCGGUACCUCCAGCUCGUCCAGACAGACCUCGAGCGCGAGAGAGUCGAAAGCCUGCAGGAGUUGCGAGCUCACAAGUGGAGGCUCUCGCACAAGCUGAGCAAGGUGGAGAAGCUCAACGUGUUCCUGCGGGAGACCAUGAUAACAGGCACCUUCGAGCCCACCAAGAUGGAUGAGAUCGAUCAGCACGCUGUCACGAGCUCUCAUGACGGGCCCAUCCCGCGCACCCUCCUGCUCCACGACGCCAUCAACAAGAACAACCCGAACAAGCAGACCUUUCACCGCAUCAUCAACCCAACGCCCCUCCCCCUCUCCCUCUCCUCCCACACGCCCUUGCUCAACCUCUGGAUCGCCUAUGUCCCUGACGCCUCCUGCUUGACUCGCGAGACGUCGCUCAGGGCGCAGCUGGUGAAGCUGCAAGGUAGCGAGCUGGACACGAUUCAGCACUGGAGGGACCUGAAGAGGAUUCUGAGCUCAGGGGAUCAUCGGAGAAGGUUGAAGGCGAUGGGAUGCAGCGGAGUGAUGGAGUUGAUGACGAAGAAGGGGAAGCAACACAAGAUGCACGCGAGCCUGUCGAUGGAGAUGUUGAAGAAGCACGCGGACAAGUCGAAUCCUCUUGUGAUCUCAGACAAGGCAAGUCAGCUGUCAGACGAGCAAACAGAGGAGAAGAUUCACAACAUGACUAUCCUGACGGCGAAGUUGACGGAGAAGAAUGGAGAGGGCAAGCUGCCGGCUGAUGAGGAGGAUGAUCCAACGACCUUCGACGCAGUGCUGAUGGAGCUGAACAAUCAAAGCAGCAGGAAUGCGGAGGCAGCGGCGGAGCACGCUGCUGAGGACGUGGCGGAAGGAGAGAACAGGGAGGGGCAGAACGCGGGGGUUGAGGGUCAGGGCUCGAUAGAUCUUUCUCUCUUCAAGGAGAUCUUACAGAGCAAGGAGGGAGAGAAAGGCGGUGCCGUAGUGGUUCAAAAGCACAAAGACACUCGGCGAAGACAGACAGUACAGCAGCAGGUGCAGAGGUUGCUCCGGGGGCAGGAGGCUCUCAGCAAGUUCCAGGAGGUGGUGGCGUCGCUGGACCUGCAGACAAGGCUGGACAUGAUCGAGGAGGUGGCGAGCAACCUGGUGGGGGUGGGGAUGGUGAUCAGACUGAUGGACGCCAUGAGGAGGAUAGUUCAUGACUCUGGGGUCGACGAGACCCUCGUGCUUCUCAACCUCCAGCAGGCGAUUAUGCAGCUCGUGCACGCGGGGCACGUGCGGAUGUGGCUGACGGACGAGAGGAACAGCAAGAUAUGGGAGUGGACGGCCAGCAACCCGGAGGGCCAGCAGCAGCGAAGCUUCACCAACGCAGAGGUAGCGAGCGGGGAGGAGAGCGUGCACGUGAGGAAGCGACAAGUGAAGCCCGGGAUUGCUGCUGACGUGGCGAGGACGGGGAUGGGAAUCAACAUUCCGUUCCCGGCCGUUCAGUCCAAGUCGUUCAGCAUCGAGGUGGACAGACUGCAGGGGGAGAACGCGAGGACGAUCAUGUGCGAGCCCAUCCGGCACGGGGGCCAAGUGGUUGCGGUGAUCCAGUGCUACAACAAGGUCUCGCCAUCAGGGGAGGAGCCGUUCACGCGAGUUGACGAGCUGCUGGUGCGCAGCAUCGGGGAGCUUGCGGGGGGUCUCAUCCACAAGUGCUCCCAGCUCAAGACCCUGCUGGAGGCGUCCAGGAAGGCUCUGCACGUGUCCUCGCUGACGCGGCACUACCCGUUCAACUACCAGGACCUCUUCCUCCUCGCCCACGCAUACACGCGCGACAUGAUGGAGAGAGUUGAAGCGACGCACUGCCAGCUCUACGUCUCCUCCGUCCUGGACAACAACCGCAAGUUCCUGUGGUCCUUCUCUCCUGCUGGACUCGGCGAGCCCCUCGUGAUCCCUCAUGGCGUCGGCGUCGCGGGUUGGGUGGCAGAGCACGAGGAGGCGGUGAGGUCAGAGGACGUGCGAGCAGAUCCGAGGUUUGCAGAGGAGGUCGACUUCGUGUACUUGAGCCUAAAGAAGCACAAGGAGGAGGGGGAGGAGGGGAAGGAGGAGACCCACGGGCUGCUGGCGCUGCCCUUGUUCAACCUCGACGGGUCGCUGCUGGGGGUCUGCAGCUUCAUAGACAAGAAGGGGGGAGGGACGUUCACGGAGAUGGACGAGCAGGUGACGCGAGUGAGCAAGCGAAUGAUGGAGAUCGUCGUCAACACCUCCCUCGCCAACCACUCCCACUUCUUCGCGCAGGAGACGGUCUUCGAGGCGCUCUUCCAGCUCAAGCGCCUCACUGAGUGCGAUCGCGCCAUGCUGAUGGUGAGCGAGACGAAGCGAUCAAGCCGGAUGAGGAAGAAGCAGCUGCGGCUGGCGGCUCACUCUGACUCAUUCAUCUACGAGAGGAAGGAGCAGAGCCUGAGCCUCCCCAUCGCCGACGGUCUCUUCGGCUACGUAGCUCGCACUGGCUUUGACAUCGUCAUCCCAGACGCCCAGGUGGACCCGCGCUUCAACCGCCUGCUGGACAGGCAGCUGGACUACAGCACGACCUCGCUCAUGUGCAUCCCCGUUCCUCACCAUGACAGCGAGGAGAGCAUCCUCGGCGUCCUCGUGCUCUCCAACAAGUCCAACGCCCGCGCCUUCACCCCCAUGGACAUCGCGGCUGCGCACGUGAUGCGCCGCUGCAUCUCCUACUUGUACUCCAACUCCAUCAAAGAUAAACCGACGGGAUGA